AUGAUGAUUGAUACUUACGAAAAUUUAAAAAAUAAUGAUUUUAAUAAAAGUGUUUUCUAUAAAAAAAUUAAUGAUAAUGAUAUUAUAAAUGCUGAAGAUUAUAACUUAACGAGUUUCAACGAAACAAAUGCAUUGUCCAACGAUGAAAUUUGCUCAUCAAUGUCAUCUGGCAGCUUCCUAGAAACACCAAUAUUUCAGUUUUGUGUAUUUUUAAUGUACUGCACUGUAUUUAUUAUUGCUUUAAUCGGCAACGGACUAGUAUGCUUCGUAGUGCAGAGUUCGCCGCGGAUGAAGACUGUUACCAACUAUUUCAUAAUGAACUUAGCCAUUGGAGAUAUUUUGAUGAGUCUGUUUUGUGUGCCCUUCUCUUUUGUGUCAAUGUUAGUGCUCAGAUACUGGCCUUUCGGCAUUGUUAUGUGUAAAAUAGUUAACUAUUCUCAGGCAGUGUCAGUGUUAGUUAGUGCAUACACUCUAUUAGCUAUAUCCAUUGACCGAUAUAUGGCAAUUAUGAGGCCUCUUAGACCUAGGUUAGGCACAACUGCUGCUAAGCUAGUGGUGACAGCGGUUUGGGGAGGAGCUUUGUCAACAGCGGCUCCUAUUUUUAUUGUAUCGCAAAUACAAAGACCGACUGAAUGGCAUGAGUAUUGUAAAGCAGAUGUUUGUCUAGAACAGUGGGAUAGAGCGGGACAAAGCGAGCAAUACUCUUGCGCACUUAUGGUCCUUCAAUUUGGGCUACCGCUAGCUGCGUUAGUGUGUACUUACUUUCGAAUAGCUCACGUGGUAUGGGGCGGUCGACCACCAGGAGAGGCGCAAACUGCAAGAGAUAUGCGCAUUCAACAUUCUAAACGAAAGAUUUUAUGGACAGUCCACGAAACAGACGAGGCGUGGGCGACGUGGCCGGGCAUGCCCUACGUGUGGUUCGUGGCGCACUGGCUAGCCAUGUCGCACUGCUGCUACAACCCCAUCAUAUACUGCUACAUGAACGCCAGGUACCGGCGGGGAUUUACACAGAUUUUAGGAAGUUUCUUGCCAGUCCGGCUCGAACAUCCGUCACGAUUGGGGCCGAGGUCGAGUGUGUGUAACGGUAUCCCAAUGUCAGAGUUGAUUGGAGUAACUCGUCGUGGCACCAGCAGCAGUUGUGCAAGUCGGCCUUAUCACGCUACGUGCUCCUCUAACACGUCGUCCCGCCGUGCUACUGCUCUAUCCAGGCAUGUCACGUCAACACCGCCUGUACGAGCGCUGUCGAUUCGCACACAAUUCCGA